CUUCUGCAGGCGGGAGGUCCAGCCCGGGGACGCCCGGUUAGAGUUAUAGUAAACAUAAUUCAUAGUAUCAAAGGAUACCAUUCAAAGACGAUACGUUUUCUGAAUGUGGCUUUUGACAGUUCUGGAGAUUCUCUACUUGCUGGAGACCACCAAGGGAAUAUAUAUGUUUUUGACUUGAAUGGAAACAGGUUCAACCUGGUUCAGCGGACAAUGCAGGCUUGCACUGCUUUGGCGUUUAAUCUUCGCAGAAAGACAGAAUUCCUGGUGGCUUUGGCAGAUUAUUCCAUUAAGUGCUUUGAUACAGAAACCAAGGAGCUGGUUAGUUGGAUGAGGGGACACGAUUCUUCGGUGUCUUCCAUCUCUGUCCAUGGCUCAGGCAGGUAUGCCAUCACUACAUCUGCUGACACAGCACAACUGUGGGACUUGGACACCUUUCAAAGAAAAAGAAAGCUGAAUGUUCGUCAGUCUGUGGGUAUACAGAAGGUUUUUUUCCUUCCAUUGAGUAACACCAUCCUCAGCUGUUUCAAAGAUAAUUCUGUUUUUGCAUGGGAAUUUGAUACUCUUCACUGUAAAUACCAGUUGCCAACUCCUGUAGAAGGUUCUGUAUUACUUUAUAAGGUCUUUGCAGUUACCAGAGAUGGACGGAUUUUUGUAGCUGGUGGAAAAUCAAAUCAUCUUCACUUAUGGUGUUUAGAAUCAAAGCAGUUGAUACGAAUAAUCCAGAUGCCUGCAGAAGUACGAGCUGUCCGUCACCUGGAAUUCCUCCCUGACAGUUUUGAUGGCGGCUCCAAUCAGGUCCUUGGAGUGUUAAGUCAAGAUAAUAUUAUGAGAUUUAUCCAUAUAGGAACAUGCAAACUUCUUUUUGUCAUUGGAAGCCAUGAAGAAGGAAUUAGUACAGCAACAGCUAGCCCCAAUGGACGGUAUAUUGCAUCAGUAAUGGAAAAUGGUAGCCUUAAUUUAUAUAGUGUCCAAGCUUUGACUCAAGAAGGAAAUAAGCCUCCACCACCCAUGUUCAAAGUAGUAGAAGAUUGGGCCAAGUGCACAUCAAAAGCAAAUAAACUGACAAGAGUGACUUCAGGAAGGUCAGAGCAGCCUUUGAAAUCUAAAGGAAGCAUAAUUCAAACCAGAUUGCUCAAUCUGCAAGCGAACACAUCACUUGAAAAUAAAGAGAACGAAUUGCCAGGUGGAUUAAACAAGAAACGUCUGCGGGCCUUAUUGAAAGGAUUUGGAGAAUAUCCAGCAAAGUACAGGAUGUUUGUUUGGCGUUCCUUAUUACAGCUUCCUGAAAACCACUUAGCAUUCAGUAGCCUCAUAGAUAAGGGUACCCACAGUGCAUUUGUGAAUAUUCAAAAUGAGUAUCCCAUCAAAAGUAGGAAACUGCUGAGAGUUUUACAGAGGACCUUAUCAGCUCUAGCUCACUGGUCUGCUAUCUUUGCUGAGACGCCUUAUAUUCCUUUGCUAGCAUUCCCAUUUGUAAAAUUAUUCCAGAACAACCAGCUGAUCUGCUUUGAAGUUGUUGCUACAGUAGUAGUUAAUUUUUGUCAACACUGGUUUGAGUAUUUUCCCAAUCCUCCAGUUAAUGUCCUUAGUAUGAUGGAGAAUGUUUUGGCACAUCAUGACAAAGAACUACUUCAGCAUUUAAUAAAAUGCAAUGUGACUUCACAGGUGUAUGCUUGGCCUCUUCUAGAAACACUGUUCUCUGAGGUUCUAACAAGAGAAGAAUGGCUGAAAGUCUUUGACAAUAUCUUCUCCAACCAUCCUUCGUACUUUCUAAUGAUUGUUGUUGCCUAUAUUAUAUGUUCCAGAGCUCCCUUGCUUCACUGUAAUCAAACACGGGAUUUUGAGUAUUUCUUUCAUCAUCGUAACAACCUGGACAUUAACGUUGUGAUUAAGGAAGCUUAUCAUCUUAUGGAGGCUACACCACUAGAUAUCCAUCCACAGCGUAUGCUUGAUGACUUCAUACCACUUACAAAAGGACAGUACCCUGUAUUUAAUAAAUAUCCCGAGUUCAUUGUGGAUUAUCAAACUCGGGAACUGGAGAGGAUCAGACAGGAUGAAAUUGAAUACUUACGAGAGAGACAAUUAGCGCAUGAAUUAGAGGCUAAAGCACAGGAACGGAAAGCAGAAGAUGAAGCCUGGUAUCGAAAGCAGGAAUUACUUCGAGAAGCUGAAGAACAGAGGCGAAAAAUGCUACUGGUAGAAGAAGAGAAGCUGGCAGAACAGAGGCAGAGACUAGCUGCUGUGAAAAGAGAACUGAAAGUAAAGGAACUACAAUUUCUAGAUGCUUCGAGAAGGCGUUUUCUGAAGUACCAGCAGGAUCAGCGUCAAAUGGAACUGAAACGUCUUGAUGAUGAAAUUGCAAGAAAGGCAUCCAUGAGAGAGCAGGAAACAGCUGCUAUUGUUCAAGAUGUAGAAGUACGAAGGAUGGAACUUGAAUCACAAAGACAGCUUUUUGAACAGCAUCUAAUCAAAGAUCAAGAGGCAGUUACAAAGGAAAUGGAAGAAGAGGUCGAUGCCCAUCGAAGAAGGGUGGAUCUGGAAGAUCACCUUGUUCAGCGAUUGAUGGAAAUAGAUAGAGAAGAAAACCAGAAAGCCCAGAUAGUGGCUGAAGAACAUUUAGCCAAAGCAGAGCAGAAACGCAUUGACACUGACUGGAGGUUGCAAGCAUUGCAUAAACUAAGGCGCGAUGAUCAGGACCGCGAGAAGCGUUAUGAAGAGAUAGCCAAGCUCCUCCAGGACAACAGGGUGAAAGAAGCAGAACUGCUGAAGGCCGUGAGGGAAGCAGAAGAAAAAAAGCGGGAAGAAGUUAUACAGAAAAAAGCUCAACUGGAAGAAGAGCAGAAGGCUGCUGCUGCUGCAGAUGAGCACAGGAAGCAGUUUUUAGAAGACAAAAUGAAUGACGCAUUAGAAUUGGCUGAAAAGCUGCAAAGAGAAGAUGGCUAUUUUGAGAGGCUGUGUGAUUUAAAGGCUGGACGUCCAGAGAGAGGGGUAGAACUCCAGCAGGUGCCACGGUCUGGAAACAUCUGUCUGAAUGAUUUGUCUGCAUCAGAGUCAUCAUCACACCGGCUGUACCUGUGUGUUCCCAGUGGGCGGGAGCCGGUGCCCAGCCGUGCCCCCAUGCAGCUCCUGCUCCCUGCCUGUGCCCUGGGCUUCCCCGCAGCCCCACCACAGGAGUGGGACCUACUUCCCCAUUCCCAAAGGCUGGAACGCAGCUUGCAGAACACCGUCUCCCACAGCGCCUUUUCCACGCAAGGUACGCAUCGGGAAUUACUUCCCUGA